GAAUUCUGCCGGUUGUUUUUCACGUGGACGGCGCAGAGUUCUACAAGAACAACGAAUAUGUUGUUUGGUCGAUGAGUUCUAUUCAUGCAAAGGCAGAUGUGUGGGAUUGCAAGCUGCCGCUGUGCAUCGUGCCGCAUGUGGCUAUGAGGGACGAUUCCGUGGCAGCGCAUGUUCACAAACGUGUUGCUGAAGUACUCGCAUGGAGCAUGGAGUGUGCAGCGACCGGUUUGGGGCCCAAAGCUGGGGAGGAUGGGCUACCUUUUCAGAGUGCUUUCAGGCAUCGACUGAAGGGUCAGGUUUUGCCCGGUGGCUACAAACUGGCAUACACUGGCUUCAAAGCAGACAUGAAGGCACGCAUGCAGGCCAACCGCUUUGAGCGGUACUACAACUGCGAUUUAAUCUGUGAGGCAUGUUUUGCCGAGAAAGCAAAACCGAACAAGACGUGCCCAUUCACCGACUUCAGCGAAACUGCAUGCCAUAGACUCACCCGCAUUAGUCACACUACUUAUAUGCGCACGGCUUCAGAAGUGUCACCAUGGGCAUGCAUGCCUGGCUGGAACUUGCACACGGUUCUGUUGGAUAUGAUGCAUAUUCUUUAUUUGGGGACACUUCGGGUCAUGAUUUCUUCGUGCAUCGUGUUCUGGAUUCGCUUCAAAGCUCUUGGUGGGGGCACCAUCGCUCAUCAACUUCUGCGCUUGUCAAGCGAGAUGAGGCAAAAGUCUCGCGAGAAUGGGAUACGACUGAAUCUCAGCAGCUUCACUCCGAGCAAUGUUGGCAUUGCAAGCGGCUUGAACGACAAUCCUGAGCUCUGCUCAACCUUUAAAGCAGCUGCUGUUAAGUCUUCACUGUGGUUCCUGGCUUGGAAAGCCGAAGAGAUUUCGAAAGCACAACCGGAGGUCCAACCGCUGAAGUUCGUGUCGCUGUGCGUUUGGUCGAUUCAUUCUGCCGUUGUGCAGCUGGACCAUGCUGGUUUGCUCAUGGACGAGGACACCUCAAAGGUAGCAUACCGACAUAUCCGACGGCAUCUCACUUGCUGGCAAUGGCUAGCGAGUUUUUCGCAAUCGCAAGGGUGGCAUCUGUGGCGACUGAAGCCGAAGCAUCACUAUUUCGACCAUAUUUCCGAUUUCAUUUUGAGAACACGGAUCAAUCCGAGCAUCGGAGCUGUGUGGGAGGAAGAGUCCUUCUUAGGACGAUUGAAAAAGAUAGCUAUCCGCUGCCAUUCAGCCACUACAAUGAAACGUUUGAUGCAAAGGUAUCUACUUAUGAUGGGUCUCAGGCUCGAAGAGUCGCGUCGGGUUGCCCAGCAAAUCGGGUAA